CGCGACGAGGCGCUGGCGCGCGUCGAGCUGGCCACGCUGUCCCUCAUCCUGGCCGUCACGCUGCUUGCCAACGGUGCCAUCCUAGCGGCGCUACUCUCCAGGAGGCGGUGGGCUGGCCGACGGAUGUACUUCUUCAUGGCGCAGCUGAGCGUCGCCGACCUGCUCAACGGGCUGCUCAACGUGCUGCCGCAGCUCGCCUGGGAGAUCACCUUCCGCUGGAAGGGCGGCGCGGUGCUGUGCAAGCUGGUGAAGUACGGGCAGCCGCUGGGGCCGUACCUGAGCUCGUUCGUGCUGGUGGUGACGGCGCUGGACCGCCACCAGGCGGUGUGCCGGCCGCUCACCUACUGCUCGUGGACCUACCAGCGCUCCAGGGCCAUGAUGCGCGUCGCCUGGGCCGCCGCGCUGCUCUGCUGCGUGCCGCAGCUGUUCAUCUUCUCGUACCAGGAAGCGGAGCCAGGCGUGUACGACUGUUGGGCGACGUUCCAAGUGCCUUGGGGUGAAAGAGCCUACGUCACCUGGUACAGCGUGUCGUCGUUCCUGGCGCCGCUGGCCGUGCUGGUGGUGACGUACGCGCGCAUCUGCCGCUCGCUGUGGCGGCACGCGGCCCACCCGCGCAUCUCGCGCGCCAAGGUCAACUCGGUGCGCCAGAGCGUCGCCGUCGUCUCGCUGUACGCCGCCUGCUCCGCACCCUUCUGCGGCGCACAGCUGCUCGCCUCCUGGCACGCCAACUCGCCCUUCCUCACUGGGCCGGCAUUCACGAUCCUGACGCUGCUGUCGAGCCUGAACAGCGCGGCCAACCCGUUCAUCUUCCUGGCGUUCGACACGCAGCUGCGGCGGCUGAUGCGGUGCUGGCUGGCGUGCGACGCGACGCUCGAGUCGCCGGAGUACAGCGCCACCUCGAUGCAGGCGCACCACCAGCCGCAGGCGGCGGGCCCGCAGCGGCGCAGCUGGCGCACCGCGCUGCUCGCCGACGCCUCGGCGGCCGGCCGCGACCCGGGCCCGCGCCGCGCCGCCUCCAACUGCUGCCUGUGA